AUGUCGUUGCAGGCUCUCUCGAGCGAGCUCGAAACAUGGCUACAUUACAAGCAGCACCAGUUUGGGGGCAGGGAAAAGCUCGAGGUGCUUUUCUAUGGCAUCCUUGCGCUGAUGCUUGGGCGCUACCUCUUACAAUCUAUCUACAACAUUCUAUUUCAUCCGCUUGCAGCUAUUCCAGGGCCCUCGCUCGCGAAAGUCAUCGACUCCUAUCUUUCACCGGCCCAAGCGCGGCUCCACAGGGCUCAGACAUUGAGCGAGUUGCACAAAACCUACGGGCCGGUGGUUCGCGUUGGAACGAACGAGGUCUCCGUAUCUGACUGGAAUGCCUACCGUACUAUAUACGGCCAAAAAGCAAGCAGUAAAAGAGCUCAAUUUUACCAGGCUACCAGACUGGCCGGCAAUGACAAUCUGUUCACGUUCGUGUCAAAACCCGCACAUUCUGCGCGACGGAAGCUGCAAAACCCGAGCUACUCUCUGCAGGCUGUCCUGGACAACGAGAGCUUCAUCGUCGACAAAACGAAUGUUUUGGUCAAGCGAAUGACCAAAGCAAGUGAUGGUGCCAACCCAGCAGUGACCACAGCUGAUGUGUUCAAAUACAAUGGACUUUUCAGCCUGGAGGUUAUUCUGAAGUGUGCUUUCAACCGGAGCUAUGGCGACGUAGUAGAGGGAGAUGCUCUAAAAUUGCUCCGGAACAUGGACUCCAGUGCCGUGGCCAUACAAGUCCAUACCGCUCUUCCCCUGGUGUCGCGAUUCCUUGGAAAGCGCUUACCCGGAUCUGUGGGGGCGUCUUUCCGAUCUUGGGAUACAUGGCAGGUCAUGACGACGUCGUUGAUAGAAGAUUUCCAUCGCGAAGAGCUCGCAUCAGAUUCUGUUCGGCAGCGUUUCAUGAUAACGCCUAUGAUCGUCAAUGUGGACAGCUUCAUGGAACGACGGCUGACUCAGGGGGAGCUGGUUGAGGAGAUGAUGGCGCUGACAUUUGCCGGCAGCGGGACAACCUCAUCGACCCUCACGUACUUGAUGUACGCACUGGCCCGAGAUGGCAAGACACAGGAGCGCUUGCGAGAAGAAUUGUCCACGUCCGGCACCACUUUCAACGAACUCAAAGACCUACCCUUUUUGAGCGCUGUGAUAAAGGAAACCAUGCGCCUGUAUCCAACCAUCAUGUCAACACUGCCUCGUGUUCUUGACCAAGCAAUCCAUGUGGAUAAGGUUGUGUUAGCGGAAGGGACAGUGGUUGGAAUGCAGAAUUACGUCCAUCAUCGAGACGCAAAACUGUUUCCUCGCCCGAACGAAUUCUUGCCCGAUCGCUGGUUAGCCAACGAGAAUGAGGCAAAGGCGAUGAACAGUGCUCUUACGCCAUUUUCUCUUGGGCCGCGGAACUGUAUAGGACAGAAUCUCGCGAGAGCCGAACUAUACCUUGCCACAAGUCAGGUUUUCCGAAAGCUGCGUUUGACUCUCAAUGCGGCGAUGGAGUGCGAUGAUAUGGAGAUGGAAGACCGAUUCAACAUUGCUCCGAAAGGACGACGUUGUUUACUUGAUGUUGAGGUUCUCGGAUAG